AGACUUUAAGACACGAGCAGGACAUGCCAGAGAGGUGCAGGACAGUCCGAUUUCGCGUGGCGUCAGCUCAUAGUGGCCGAGUCCUCACAGAGGUCUUCAGAGAAACUGUAGUUGAGGACUCGGUCGACUCUGACACGACGACCGGGAGCCCUGAUCCCGAGCGCGCCAGUUCGCCAGUGCUUAGUGAAGCCAAUGGCCACUUAAACGGCCUUCCGAGCUCCGAACCGGACGACAGUGGCAGCGAGCCAGACGACCUACUCAUGUAUGCCAGCAUUGCUAAGGAACAACUCUUCAGCGGUAAGCGCAUUAACAUUUUCAGUAAAAAUGGAACGGUGCGCGGCGUGAGGGACAAAGUGAGUGCCGGACAAGUGCUCUUCAACAAUCUUUCCAAAAUGUAUGGGGGCUCUUUGCAUACGAACAAGUCUAAGAGACCAUGAAGCUCAGAUUGCAGAGGACACCUUCAGACUGCAGGACAGCUUGCUCGGACAGCUCUGGAGUCACAGAUGGGUCAGUGGACAUAGUUUAAAGGCACUGAACUGACGUGGACAAUGUAUACAGUGACAAGUGGAGGCCAAGGGCAUCAAUUUUGAAUGGCGUUUCAGCUGUUGUGCAUAGAACAUUACAGUAUGUAGUUUUUGGUAAUAUUUUAUAACGAAUUUUCCUAUGUAACAUUUUUG